CUCAAGCGCAAACAUCUCAAGCGAUCCCAAAAGUCGUGAGUGAGAAACAGAAAAAACCAAAGAUAUUUAUAUCAACACAAGUAAACAUGGUGAAAAGUGAAAUGGAAUUCAAGAGCAACUUCUCCAUCGAUGCCAUUCUGGCCAAGAAACCCACAAUCCAACAACAACCCAUCAAAACCGAACCGGUGCAGCAUCAUCAUCAUCUCAACCAGUACGUUCAUCCGUACUCCAAUUCCGAUGGCGAACUCUCGGCCUCGGAGGAUUUCGAUAGCCCCAGCAGGACCAGCACACCCAUGAGCAGUGCCGCCGAAUCGUUGUCCUCGCAGAAUAACGAUAAACUCGAUGUGGAGUUCGACGAUGAGCUGGAGGAUCAACUCGAUGAGGAUCAGGAGAGCGAGGAUGGCAAUCCGAGCAAGAAGCAGAAGAUUAGCUCGGGCAGCGAUACCAAGAAGCCGCCUUACAGCUACAAUGCCCUCAUCAUGAUGGCCAUCCAGGACAGCCCCGAACAGCGAUUGACUUUGAACGGGAUCUAUCAGUAUCUGAUCAAUAGAUUUCCCUACUUCAAGGCCAACAAGCGCGGCUGGCAGAACAGCAUUCGUCACAACUUGAGUUUGAACAAGUGCUUCACGAAGAUCCCGCGGAGCUACGAUGAUCCCGGCAAGGGCAACUACUGGAUCCUGGACCCCUCGGCCGAGGAGGUUUUCAUUGGCGAGACCACUGGGAAGUUGAGGCGGAAGAAUCCCGGCGCCAGUCGCACUCGUUUGGCCGCCUAUCGUCAGGCCAUCUUCUCACCCAUGAUGGCUGGUUCUCCCUAUGGAAACCCGGCUCCAGCUUAUGGAUAUCCUGCUGCCGCCGUUCCUUUUGCCGCUGCUGCAGCUGCCGCUUUAUAUCAACGCAUGAAUCCCGCCGCCUAUCAGGCUGCCUAUCAACAGAUGCAGUACCAGCAGGCUCCCCAGGCUGCCCAUCCCCAUCAUCAUCACCAUCAGUCGCCUCAUCCCGCCCAAAUGCAGGGCUAUCCGCCCCAGCUAAACGCCGAGUUGUUCCAGCGCAUGCAGUUCUUUGGCAAAUUCCCAUCCAGCUAAAUUAUCCCGGGAGCCGGCGCAAAACCAAGCCCAGCGCUUUGGAUCAACAAAAAAAAACCCAGGAAAACCCAGGGACUAGGGUCGCUUUGGGGGAAGAAAACUAGGACUAAACCCGUGACGUCUAAAUGCUGCAAUUUAGCAAAUUCUUUUGGUCAUUUCCCCACUGACCGCUUCGCUUCUUCAGCGGGUCCUGCGAAUCGACCUGGAAAGUCGAUGGUUAACAGCAAGAAAAGAGCAGCGAAUUCUUCAGAAUUGCCGGUCUUCAAACGAGGCCAAUUUUUCGCCUGCCGACGGGCCCUCGUAGUUUGCUACCCAUUUAUGUACAUAUUUAAAUAAGAAUUAAUAACAAAAAAUUUAAAA